GCUGACCAGCAGCACUUCCGCCUGACCUGCUAGUGUUUACAAACCAGCAGACAGUCUUUAUACAGCAUAAUGCUGCUCCCUGCAUGAUCCGCACAGAACCACCCCCACCUUCAGAUUCCUGAUUUAGGAGAAUCUGGCGGCUGUGUGUCCGAGCCACAGUCAUGCAGCACCCAAACUUUGAGACCCGUCACCCACUCCAGACAGACGAGCAGCAGGAGACCGGCUUCGACCCGCUUCACAAUUUCAACAAAAACCGCAGCCGUGAUUGUAGAAAUAUCAAAUUUGGGUUGAUUGUUUGUAAUCCUCUGAUGUGCAGAAAAGAAUGGGACGACUUGUUCCUGAACAGCAACUACCUGGCCAGGAUCCGGCAGGCUGGCGUCAACGGUCGGUUGAGGAGUAGUCGCUUUCGCAGCGUUUGCUGGAAGCUCUACCUGGAGGUUCUCCCUGAAGACAAGGGACAGUGGAUCAAGAAGACCAAAGAGCAUCGGGCUCAGUAUGAGAGGAUCAAAGAGAUGCACAUCACUAACCCCCGCAAGGCUGCAGGCCAGCAGGACCUGGUGGUCAACAAUCCACUGUCCCAGGAUGAAGGGAGUUUAUGGAACAAGUUCUUUCAGGAUAAAGAGCUGAAGGGGAUGAUCAAGCAGGACGUUUUCAGGACAUUCCCUGAGAUCUGCUACUUCCAGAAUGAGGAUGUGAGGACCAAGCUGACGGACAUUCUUUUCUGUUACGCCAGAGAGAAUGAGCAGUUGCUAUAUAAACAGGGGAUGCAUGAGCUGCUGGCUCCCAUAGUGUUUGUGCUGCACUGUGACCAUCAGGCCUUCCAACACGCCAGCGAGACAGCCAGCCCCAGUGAAGAGAUGAAAUGUCUUUUGAACCCUGCGUACCUUGAACACGAUGCCUAUGCCAUGUUCUCACAGCUGAUGGAGACAGCAGAGCCGUGGUUCUCCACCUUCGAGAGGGAAGUGAGGAAGGGUAAGGAGGAAAUGCUAACCAGCAUCCCCUUCGCUCGGCCGCAGGAUGCUGGCCCAUCCGUCGCCGUCGUGACCAAAGUCAACCGCAUCCAGGACCAGCUGGUGAAGAAGCAUGACAUCGAGCUACACAUGCACCUGAACCGGCUGGAGAUCGCUCCGCAGAUCUAUGGCAUCCGGUGGGUUCGCCUGCUGUUCGGCCGUGAAUUUCCCCUCCAGGACCUCCUGGUUGUGUGGGACGCUCUGUUUGCUGACAGCAUCACUCUGGAUCUGGUGGACUACGUGUUCGUGGCCAUGCUGCUUUACAUCCGAGAUGCUUUAAUCGCAAGCAACUUCCAGACCUGCCUGGGCCUGCUGAUGCAUUACCCUCCCAUAGGAGACAUCAACUCUUUGCUCCAAAAGGCUCUGUUUCUCCGAGAUCCCAAAAAUAACCCGCGUCCUGUCAACUACCAGUUUCAGCAGAACUUGGAUUACUACAAAACACGAGGCGCCGACCUGAUGAACAAAACGAGGUCUGGUUCUGUGGCAAAAGCUCCUCCGCUGAACAUCAACAAGGUGUCCAGCAGCCUGCUGAGCUUCGGCAGAAAGCUCAUCGCCCCGGCCAUGUCUGGCGUGUCCAGCAAUGUCGCCCCUAUCAACAGUGAGGUGUUCUCCUCCUCCUCCUCGUAUUCCUCACCUCCCUUAGCGCCCCCUGCCUCGGCGCCGUCGCCCGCCCUGUCUCACCCACUCGCUGAGCCCCCUGAUCAGCCCCAUUCUCAGAACUACCGUAUGAUGAAGUCUGAAAGCAUGCCCGUCCACUUGAGCAAAGAUGGAGUUUCAGGCGGAGUGUCUCAGGGCUCUCUCCCAGAACAGGCUCUCACUGACACACAAGGCCGCAGCUCGAGAACGGCCAGCUCCUCUCCCAGCACAGAGAGCCUCUCAGGUGGGCGUGGCCAGUCCACUGCCUCCCCACCCCUGCCGCCUUCCAGAGGGAGUGACGUCAGCAGCUCGUCUCCUCCGCUCUCCGCCACCAAGAAGGACUCCUUCUUCACCAUAACUCGCUCUCGUUCCCAAAGCAAAACCAUGGGCAAAAGAGAGGCGGACGAAGAUCUGGAAGCCCAGGUAUCAUUCCUGCAGGGCCAAAUCAACGACCUAGAGGCCAUGAGCAAAUACUGCGCCAAGAUGAUGAAUACACACAUCUGUAAAAUCCAGGAGGUGAUUCUCCAAGAGCACCUGGAGAAAGAAGAUGAAGUCCUAGUUUCUAUAGCUGGACUCAAACAGAUCAAAGACAUCCUGAAGGGAGCGCUGCGCUUCAACCAGAGUCAGCUAGAGGCGGAGGAGAACGAAGAGAUCACCAUCGCUGAUGACCACUACACCUCCACAGCUGCAGCCGCUGACACCUCUCUGAACAGCAUGCACCAGCAAAGCGGACACCAGCAGGGGGAGGACGGCAGGCGGAGCAGGGACUCUUAUCUGGAGGGGAGUGUGAGCGCCGACGAGAAGGAGGAAGAACCCACCACAACCCCACCUGAGCAGCAGAUGGCGUCCUAUCUGGGCUCCGAGGUAAAGAACUGGGAUGAUUACAUCCUGGUGUCUCAGGAUGAAGACCUGCUCGCUGAGGGGAAAGAAGCUGAAGGAAAGCCUCCCGUUCCUGUGAGGCGAGGGCGAGCUGCCGUGCGAAUGGAGCCCGAAGGCUCUUCUGGGACUUUUCCCGACCCCCUGAUGACAGGCGCUGCUUCGGGCUCCUCCAGCCCAGAGGAGGGCUCCACCAACAGCAAGGACUCCGACUUUACCAUCGUUAACCCAAACGACCUGUGAACAAGAAAGUUACUCCAGUUCUCUCUCUCUGCUGCACCUAUACCGUCUCUUAUCCCCUUCAGGGCGUCUGAUAAAACUGACUGCAGAGGGAAGGGAACCACCUGCUGUUGGUGCCACGCCACUAAAAAGUUGCACAUAUGUGGACUGGGACAUGCAGAGUCAUAAAUCCUUUAUGCUUUGUCUCUCCUAGCCGUCAUCUGUUCCAUGCAAGUCCUGUCUGAACUGAUGCUGUGAGCUGUCUCAUCUAUCUAAUGCCUGCUCCGUCUUUAUAACCCCCCCCAUUAUCUUAACUGUAGUGCCCUACUCUGCAGAGAGCGGUUGCUAUUGGAUGACCUAUUCUGUCACUACUCAGUUAUUCUGAUUGACCUGAGACUGCAGUUUCCUUUUAGGAAGAAAUGUUCUCCUCUUGCUGUAUGGAUGAGGUUUGAGAGAAAGCCAGUAUGAAUGUGGAGAAACAGCCAUACUGCUGCCUGUGUUUGUAUAUAUGUGUGUGUGUGUGUGUGUGUGUGUGUGUGUGCGCGCAUGUGUCCUUAUGUAGGACUCUCUCUUCUCCGAUACUGUAAGAAAAGGAUGAGCUCCUCCCCAUCACCGUCGAGGGCAGCUUUCUCCCGCUUCUAAACCAGUGCCUCUGACCAUUCUACUUCUCUCAGCCAAACGAAACCUAACUCUGUGAUCUUAUUUGUUUGUUUUUUUUUUUGUUUUUUUUUUAUUUGGAAUGAAUAUUUUUUAACCAUUUAGAUUCUUAAAUUCUAAGAUAAAGUGAUUAAAUUAAGGAAUGAGUCGA